UCUCAAGGACUAACACACUGCUGGUGUGAAAAUGUCACAUAAUCUUCAAAGCAGUGUGUUAGAGGUUGCUGCUAAUACUUUCACUUAGAAAACAACUCCUUUUUUUCUUUGUUUGGAGUGUUGUGCUAUUUGUCCACCCUGUAUAGGGCGUCCCUGAGGGCAUAUCUUUUGCAUUCUUCUAACGGGCACACCUAUUGUAGAAAGGCCACUGAGAAACCGUUUGGUCACUGGCUGCAUCACUACAUUAAUAGACUCAGUUAUUUUUAGUGUUUACUUUCAGCCACAGUCAAAUGAGGAUCCUAGAAAAGGAAGUUUGAAGAAGCCUGCUGUCGAGAGAUCGUGUCCCUGAUAACUUCAAGUUACAUUGGUUGUUAUAAAGUGACGUGUGGUGAUGAUAAUGUAUCUGCUUCAAUCAAAGGGACAGUAAAUCCGACAGUUAAUUGUGGCAUACAUUUCAAUUGACAAUACAAAAUCUGAUUUGAGCUUUUUAGAAUAAUGCUGACAGGAUGCAUUUGGAAGAAAUCUCGACAGAAAUCUUUUCACACCUCUAGUGCUCCAGGUUGAGGUUUCAUCUGUCAGAAUGGAGGAUUCGUCAGAGCAGUCCCACUGGGUGUCUCCAGCUCUGCUCAGCUCAGAUCCUCUGGCUGGUUUCUCCACUGAGCCAGGCCUUCUUCCUCCAGGAGAAGAAGGAGAGGCCUUUUUCUCAAGCCAGGACACAGACUACGCCAGCCUGCCCUCCUUCUUCUCCAACCCGGGCUACAGCCGAGCGCCACCCACCUACAGACACAGCUCGGUUCGACAGGUGUUCACCUCACCGAGCCUCCUCAGCAACCUCCAGCUGCUGGACGGGCCGGGCGGCCACUCCCUGAGCUCACCCUACAACCCCCCAACCUCCACCUGGAGCAGCAGCCCUCUCAACAAGACCCCGCUGCACUCACACACCCCGACCUCCCUCUACACCCCCGGCAUCACUUCCUCAUUCACCACCUCCAGAGACGGAUACUUUUCUCCAAGCAGAGAGGGCAGGGAGAGCCCCAGGCUUCAGGAGGCCCUGAAGGCCGAGCGCCUGAGCCCGUUGGGGGGGACGGGGGCCAGCAGCAGUUUUCUGAAUCUGACACCUGCUGCUGGGAGUGUGUACACUCCAUCGUCCCACUCCCACCCACACAUGCUGAGCCCCUACAGCACGUACAUGACAGGUCCACAAGAGUACAACUCUGCCGGCCUGUACUCCAGCCCCGGAGCAUGGAUCAACCCUUCAUACUCCCCUAAACUUCGCAAUAAGAUGAGAAUAUCCACUCCAGAGGCCAGAGAGUGUGUUAACUGUGGAGCGACAGCUACCCCUCUGUGGCGUCGGGAUGGUACUGGCCACUACCUGUGUAACGCCUGUGGACUGUACCACAAGAUGAACGGUCAAAACAGACCACUAAUCAGACCCAAGAAGAGACUGAUUGUCAGCAAGCGGGCAGGUACACUGUGUGCCAACUGUCACACAAGCACAACAACACUGUGGAGACGCAACGCCAAUGGCGAGCCUGUGUGCAAUGCGUGUGGACUCUACUUUAAACUGCACAAUGUCAACCGGCCCCUCGCCAUGAAGAAAGAAGGCAUUCAAACGCGCAACAGAAAAGUAUCCAACAAAAACAAGAAGAGCAAGAAGGCCGCCAUGUUUGAUUCGUACUCGGAUGUAACUCAGCAUCCCUCUGGGGACGACAAUUGCGGGUCAUUUUCCCUCGGCCCGGGUACUCUCCUCACCUACAGCAACACACCGCACCUCAUCCCAACACCAUCACACCUGCAUCCCUCCGCCUCCUUACAAUACACACACCACCUCAACAAUGGCAUGAUAUAACAAUAAAAGGCCACCUGAAAGCUGGGUAUAUUCAGGAAUCAGUA